GGUCAGCCCGUGAAUCUAACUAAGCGGCUCGGCACGGCCCACGAAUCUCGAAGGCCGACUUCGGAUCGUGCAGGUCUCUGUCUUCCCCGCGACAUCCGAUAUAGGCAUAGAGAUAUCCUUUUAAAUCUUUGAAAUCUGAUUUUCUUUUUAUUCUCUCUUUCCGACCAAUUCUUACUCUACUUUCUUUAUUAUCAUACGAUCCAAGCGUUUUGUUUAGAGAAUCCGGUUGAGAUAGAUCGAAUCGGAUCCAUUCCCAAUGGCGGCAGCGAAUAGGCUUCGGAUGCUCCAGUCACAGCCUACCAACAAGAUCUGCGUGGAUUGCUCCCAGAAGAAUCCGCAAUGGGCUUCAGUAUCUUACGGGGUGUUCAUGUGCCUUGAAUGCUCCGGCAAGCAUCGGGGCCUAGGGGUUCACAUCUCUUUUGUCCGAUCUGUCACCAUGGACUCCUGGUCCGAGAUCCAGAUAAAGAAAAUGGAGGCCGGUGGCAACGAGCGGCUGAACGCGUUUUUGGCACAGUAUGGCAUCCCCAAGGAAACCGAUAUCGUCGCCAAGUACAAUACAAACGCUGCAAGUAUAUAUCGCGACCGUAUCCUUGCCCUAGCCGAAGGUCGAUCUUGGAGGGAUCCACCCGUCGUCAAGGAGGUAAUUGGUGGCAGCAAAAAGAAGCCACCGUUGGCACAGAGUGGCGCCAAGGGUGGUUAUCAAGGGAAUAACGCCGGAUGGGACAGCUGGGACAAUGACGACGGGUUUAGAUCUUCCAGUGACAUGAGAAGGAACCAAUCGGCGAGUGAUUUUAGAGACGGGAAAGGCGGCGGUGCAGCGGGAGGCGUGCCUGUAAGGUCAAAGUCCACCGAGGAUAUAUACACUCGUUCACAAUUGGAGGCAUCUGCAGCGAAUAAGGAUAGCUUUUUCGCUAGGAAGAUUGUCGAGAAUGAAAGCCGCCCCGACGGGAUCCCACCCUCUCAAGGUGGCAAAUAUGUCGGAUUCGGAUCGAGCCCAGCGCCUCAGCCGAGGAAUGAUUCGUCUGGGGAUAUGCUCUCUGCUGUUUCACAGGGAUUUGGUAGGUUAUCUGUGGUUGCCCAGCAGGCAGCCAAUGUUGUCCACGCAGGAACAAUGGAGCUCACCUCCAAGGUGAAGGAAGGUGGCUAUGAUCACAAGAUGAAUGAAACUGUUAACGUCGUCACUGCAAAAACAACAGAGAUUGGACAAAGGACAUGGGGCAUUAUGAAAGGGGUCAUGGCAAUGGCCUCUCAAAAGGUUGAGGAGUACACUAAAGAAGGCAUGAACUGGAAGGCUGAUAAGUGGCAACAGAAUGAUGGUGAGAGAAAUGGAUACUAUCAGGAAUUUAAACAGGAAAACAAAAGCCGGAAUUCUCCUGUCGGUGGACAGUCCUCAUUGAGUGGGCAUGAUAUCUCUCAUAGCUCAAGCUCUUGGGAUGAUUGGGACACUAAAGAUAAGAAGGAAAGUACUGCUGGAAAAGGGGUGGCUUCACAAAAUAGUGAUAGUUGGGCUGGCUGGGAUGAUGCGAAAGAUGAUGGGUUUGAUAACUUCUACCAGAGCGCCUCCGACAAGAAGGCUGUUGGCCAGAAUGGAAAAUCUGAUGACACAUGGACAGGAGGGGGCUUCCUUUAGUUGAACAUUUUUGUAGAAUAACAACUUAUACUCUUCUGGAAGCACUUGUGUACCCAAAAAUGGCAGUUAAUAUUCAAAUUGAUGUCUUGCCGGCUAGGAUGAUGCCAAAGAUGAUGGAACUGAACUUCUGUCAGACAGCUUACAAAGAUUUUGUUCGUUCCUUACUGAAAAUCAUAUGGAGGGAACAGAUGCUUUUAUUGAGGUUGGUACCUUUUUGGCAGUCCGUACUUCUAACCAUUCACAUGCAGACUUCUGAAGGAGUUUUCUUGUGGAGGUCUCUGCUUAUUUAGGGUAGUUUAUAUAUGUUAGACUUUGAAAUGGGAGGGCGAUUUGCUCAAUCAAACUACUUAUAUUUAUAUUUGUGAGCGUGAAAAGCAUUAUUUGUUACAAAGAACUGAAAUUUCUUUGAAUUUGUAAGGACUAGUGACCUUUUUCUUGAUUGUCUGAUUUGUGUGAUCAAUGUUGUUAUUUUGUGUAUUGUCAAAUUGCU